AUGGCGACCGAUUACGGCAAGAAAACCAACGCUGAGCUGAUUGAGAUCCUCAAAUCCCGAUCGCUUCCUCACACAGGUAAAAAGGCCGAUCUUGUCGCUCGCCUCCAAGAAGACGAUGGAAAGAAAUCAGUAGAAGCUCCUGCGCCCGCUCCCGCGCCAGCGCCCACCUCGACCGAGACUGCGAAACCCGACGCUGUCGCAGAAGACGUGAUCGACUGGGACGACGAUGUACCUGCCGAGACUGCCAAUCCCUCCACAGAGGCUUCCGCGGCUGCCAUUGCUGCUGGCGGCAAGGGCCCGGUAGCCAAUCCUGUCGCCGUUCCUAACCAAGAACUUGACGUCGACCCUGCCACGACCCACGACCUUAAGGUGGAAUCGACCGGUGCGGUUGACUCUGCAGCUGCAUCCGAGCCUGCUGCCACCGCAGCUGGUACCGAAACUGCGGCCGAGCAGAAGCCAGCGGUGGACUACACUCGUGGCCUUCCCGCAACUGAACUUGAGGUCGAGUUGGAGAAGCGCAAGAAGCGCGCCGAGAAGUUCGGCAUUGUUGAGGAUGAUGAGACUGCCCUCAAGGAAGCACAGAAGCAAGUCGAGCGGGCUAAGCGCUUCGGUACUGCUGCUACGAAUGAGUCCGCUGCCACUACCAGCGUUGGCGUCAAGGGAUUGGACGAGGCUCUCCCCGAUGAGCGAUCCCGCAAGCGAGGCCGUAACGAGCAGGGCGGCCGGAGCGACAAAAGACGCGAUGUUGGUCGCAACCGCAAUCGUCGCGGGGACGGUGCGCAGCAACGCAAUGGCGGAAGCAACCCUCCCAAGGCCGGACAACAAACAGCGCAGCAGAAGUCGUGGGAUGAAAAGGACCGCCUAGCGAUGGAGGCUCGCAAGAAGCGCUUCGCCGCCGCGAACUAA